UUUAUCAUUUCCCUGGUGGUUAUAAUGCAGCAUUCUUUUGGACACCACACCUAGGUCGGAGCACUGUCGUCCUUCAGGGCUCCAGCCUCUUGAUAUUUUUAUACUUCAGUAUCACUCGAUAAAGAAAAAGAGAGAGAGGAAGAGAGAGGGAGAGGAAAGAAGAAGAGAGAGAGAGAGAGAGGGAAGGAGGGGUGGGAAUUACACAAAAGAGAGAACCAAAAAUAAUUUUAAUUUCUAAGUUGAUUUGCUUGCUGAUCUGGGAUUUUAGUCAUCAUGGAGGGUAAAUGGACAAUCUGCCCAGGACUGCAGCCUGAUACCAUUUUUCAAAGCCAGAACUUACUCCAUUUUCUAUGCAAAUGUCAGAAAAGCGAAACACCCUCUCUCCCAAGUCAGAGAAGGGGAAGCGACGGCUCUCAGGUUGGGACAAUAUUAUCUGGAAGAUGAAGAAGAAACAGAACGCUUUUCCCCCCUCCUUCCUCCUCACCCCUAUCAAUCGGAGGAGAGAAAUCCCAAGGUCUACAAAGCAAAUCUCCGCAGACCGGCUGUUGGGGGAAAAAAGUGUUAGCUGGCUCUCCCGGAUCUGCGAGGGGGAAAAAAUUUGGAACCAUAAAGUUGAAAACUUUUUUCUCUCAGUUUGGAAGAAGCCCUUCGUCAUGAAUGGGAUCCGCAGAAUUCAGGCCAGAGGAGGCGAGAGGCGCAAAGCCGGCGCGGCGGAGGCCAGGCUGCCCCAGUUGCUGCCGAAGAUAAGACUGGGAAUGUGCGGACAGGGGCUCCUGCAGGAAUGUCUUUUCUGCUCCCCUUUGCGCCCCCACCGCACGCGAUGGCCCAGGACUCCGAUUCUGGUUGCUACUGGUCUGAUCAUUCUGGGGCCAAGCUGUAAGUGAAGGUUUGGGGGAUUUGGGUUUUUGUUUUUGUUUUUGUUUUGUUUACAUCCGAGAUGAAGGACUGUGUGUCCGCUUCCCUCUCCAGGCCUAGGGAAUGGAUUUCCCCUAUCAUCCCUGUGUUUAACCCUUUAAUAUGCGACCCCCGUCCUCUUUGCCCAUUGAUCGGUCUCCAUUGUCUGCUGAUUGGGAGCUCAGGGUACUGACACCUGGGGAAUAGGGACCCUGGGGCUGCCAGACUGACUUCAAAGCCUCGUCUUUCUUCCCUUUCCUUCCCCUCUAGUUCAAAUCUUAAGCCGUCUUCCCUGGUGUGUCAGGGGUGGAGGGGGUCACCGAGAUGGUGUGUGACAUAGGUAGACAGAGCCUGAGUGCCCACUUCUUUUGUGUAGAAACCCUAGUCUGAGUCUUUGUGUCUAGAACAUAUUCUCAGUUGGUCAGUAGAAUUUGAUUCCUCGUGGUGGUAGUAACACAAGGUGGGGGGGGGCGGGGAAGUCCCCCUUGCGGGUAUUCUCAGCUCUGGGAGCUCCAGAGUCGUCUCUUCAUCCUGUCCCCUCUCUGCCCCUUCAAAAUGUACCACAAAAGAUCAGAAAGAGCAUUAAAGCCAGAAGCCCCAUUCUUCAUGCCUAUGUACCGCGGACUUGUGGGGAGUGCUUCUUUUGAAGCUGGUCCCUUUAGAAAUGUUGUUGCUUUUUUAGGAGAGGGGGAGUGGGUCCCACUAAAAUAAAUAUCCUAGGAGUGAGGGAGAGAAUGGAGUUGGGGGGAAUCCUAAUCUUAAAGGACGCAGAGAGACGAGCUGGAAGCUGAGAAAUCCAGAGGCUUGGAGCAGGGCUCUGCGCCCACCCCACCCCCACCCCCCAGACGCCCCUGCAGACUAUUUCUGCACCUCCACGAACUAAGCAGAAGCAGGAGGAGAAGGGAGAGAGGAGAGGUGGGCUGUAGGUAAGUGUGUGUCUGGGUGGGGGUUGGGGGGAGGUUAGGGAGCCGUAGGUAGAGUAGGUAUAGAUGUGAAUGUGGGAGACAAGAACUUGCUACUCUUCCAUUGGUGGGUUGGGGGGAACCUAUUUUGCAGGAAAAUUUCUCCUCCUGAAGGGGAAGGUCAUAGUGGUCCUUUGAGUCUGAAAUCGAAAGACCCCCUUCCCCCUCCUGGUCACGUGAUUCAUUAAAUAAUUAAUGCCGAGGUUGCAGAAUAGAUAUGUAUUCGUCAGGAAAAUCGCAGGCUCGGUCUCCCUGUUUCUGACGUGCAAUUCAACUGUCCUUUGAAAAACAAGCCUGUACCCCGAGAAAAAAAAAAGAGAGAGGGGGAGAGAGAGGGAGAGAGAGAGAAAAAGAGAGGGAGGCAGCAAUAAAACAGCCCCGCAGCCGGAGCCACACCGCGGGCUGGGGUAUUGUAAGUAGAAGGGAUUUCUCACUACCUACCGCGUCUUAUGUGUCCAUGUAAAUUUAUUGUUUGUUAUUAAUGUUAUUGUCGUAAAAUGUGACAAAUAGCCAUCUUCAUUUCCUGCCAUUUCUCUUCACACGGUGCUCUGUGUGUUUAUACCCAUUGAGGCAUUGCAUAGAGAAUUUAGGAAUAUUCCUCUUCUCUCUCUCUGUCUCUGUCUCUGUCUCUCUCUCUCUCUCUCCCUCUCUCUCUCCUCCAACCUUUUUCUUGAUUUAUAGCAAUAUGGAUGUCAGCUUCUCGGCCGGCAUGCCAGCCAUUGUGUGUGUGUGUGUGUGUGUGUGUGUGUGUGUGUGUGUGAGAGAGAGAGAGUGCGUGUGCGCGCGCGCGUCUGUGUGUGUUUGUGAGCGAGUUGUGUUGUUUAUGGCCAUGUCUUCGAUAAAUCAUUUCUCACGGAAAAUGAUGUGGAAGCUGGGCCAUUUCUGCGGCCGGGAGAGACUGGCUCUCGGAGCUACUCCUCCCUCUCUGCUCUGCUCCCAGGAGUUGGUUAUUUCAGACGAUUUACAGUAAUAUAUCAGCAGUUAAUAUGAAAGCUCUAUAGCUGGAGGUCUUAAAUUACAGCAUCUGUGAUUAUCAAUUAAGGCAAGAUUUGUAUAAAUUUGGUAAACCAGAAAUGCCUCAUUGGCAUAUAAACCCAGUCAAAGACCACGACCUAAUAUAAAAAUUAUAUUUGCAAGCCUGAUAGAGCCAGCAUUCCUGAAGCAGCAGACAGAGCCUCAUUUUUCAGUGGUUCCCCUCCAGGAGUUUGGCUGCUCCGUCUGCAGCCCAGGGUAAAGGACCCAACUCUGAAGGCAGAAGGAGCCUGGGGGCAAGAGAAGUGCAGGUGGAGGAAGAAAUUACUGGAGUUGAAGGCAAAGGUUUUUGUAAUCGAUGGGGAGCAAAUUGAAGCCCUCUGCAAUUGGAAGGGGCUAGAAGGAUUCAGUUAUGGUACUGAAGCGUCAUCUAUAGGGUUGAUGUGUGUGGCACGGUGUCGAGGGUGAAGAAGGAGCUACCCACAUUGGGGGAGAUGCGGUGGGGGUCGGAGGGUGAAGGGCAGGGAGAGAAGCUGAAAGCCUUGGCUGCUUACCCUCCUGGCUAACAAAACAAGGAAAUGAAUUCACACCCCAGUAGCCUUCCUUCGACCUCCUGAAACAAAGAAAGUUUCCUCAGCAGUGAGGGACUAUGUGUGUUUGGGGCUAACGCAAAGAGAAGUUCUCCAAGUUUUUCUAGAAAAGAAAUGUUCCGGGAAUCAGGUGGUCCCAGAAAGUUGGAGGGGAGAUUUCUCGCCUGCCGCUCGCGCUGGGGCUCGAUGUGAAUAUAUAUUAUGUCUGCCUGUUCUCCCCUCGUCGGUGGCUAAGGUCAGCAGCUCCCAACGGACUCGGGAGGAGGGGGGCAGAAAGGGGAGGGGGGGGUCCGGCGCCUCACGUGACCCCCGCGGGUGCCAAUGUCCGGUCGUGAGGGUAUCAGGCUCUUGCAAGUUGCCACCCACUGCCCGGGCCUCGCCCAGCGAUGCAGAAAGCCACCUACUACGACAACGCCGCGGCAGCACUCUUCGGAGGCUACUCCUCGUACCCUGGCAGCAAUGGCUUCGGCUACGAAGGUCCCCCCCAACCCCCCUUUCAGGCCGCCACGCACCUGGAGGGCGACUACCAGCGCUCGGCGUGCUCCUUGCAGUCCCUGGGCAACGCCGCCCCGCAUGCCAAGAGCAAGGAGCUCAACGGCAGCUGCAUGAGGCCCGGCCUGGCCCCCGAGCCCCUGCCCGCCCCGCCCGGCUCACCCCCGCCCAGCGCCGCACCUACCAGUACCACUAGCAACAGCAAUAAUGGGGGCGGGCCCAGCAAAACCGGCACCCCCAAGUGCGUUCCUGGCUCCAACUCCACCCUCACCAAACAGAUAUUCCCCUGGAUGAAAGAGUCAAGGCAAACGUCCAAGCUGAAAAACAGCUCCCCCGGCACAGCGGAGGGCUGCGGCGGCGGCGGAGGCGGCGGCAGUGGUGGCGGCGGGGGCGGCGGCGGCGGCGGGGGAGGGGACAAGAGCCCCCCGGGGUCGGCGGCGUCCAAGCGCGCGCGGACGGCGUACACGAGCGCGCAGCUGGUGGAGCUGGAGAAGGAGUUCCACUUCAACCGCUACCUGUGCCGGCCGCGCCGCGUGGAGAUGGCCAACCUGCUGAACCUCAGCGAGCGGCAGAUCAAGAUCUGGUUCCAGAACCGGCGCAUGAAGUACAAGAAGGACCAGAAGGCCAAGGGCCUGGCCUCGUCGUCCGGGGGCCCCUCCCCUGCCGGCAGCCCCCCGCAACCCAUGCAGUCCACGGCCGGCUUCAUGAACGCCUUACACUCCAUGACCCCCAGCUACGAGAGCCCGUCCCCGCCCGCCUUCGGCAAAGCCCACCAGAAUGCCUACGCGCUGCCCUCCAACUACCAGCCCCCUCUCAAAGGCUGCGGCGCCCCGCAGAAGUACCCCCCGACUCCGGCGGCCGAUUACGAGCCCCACGUCCUCCAAGCCAACGGGGGCGCCUAUGGGACGCCCACCAUGCAGGGCAGCCCCGUGUACGUGGGCGGGGGCGGCUACGCGGAUCCGCUGCCGCCCCCUGCCGGCCCCUCCCUCUACGGCCUCAACCACCUUUCCCACCACCCCUCGGGGAACCUGGACUACAAUGGGGCGCCCCCUAUGGCCCCCAACCAGCACCACGGACCCUGCGAUCCCCACCCUACCUACACAGACCUCUCCUCUCACCAUGCGCCUCCUCCUCAGGGUAGAAUCCAAGAAGCGCCCAAAUUAACACACCUGUGAUUGGAGAGGGGCGGGGGGGGGGGGCCGGGGCGGCGGAGGGGCGAGGUCUUGGGGUGGGUGAGAGCUACGAGGGGCGCAGGCCGUGCGCUCUGAGGGGGCAGCCCGGAGGUCUGAAAUAGGGAGGCAAAGAGGCGAGAGCCACACUUGCUGCUGGGAAGACCCGGGCUGGAGCCCCUUCCCCUCCCCCUGGCCUGAGAAGUUGCUUUGUAAGGUCCUCCAGUCCUUGUUCGGUCCGCCUGCCAACCCACUGGAGAGAAAUCCACAGCCGACUGUGGAGAUGAUCCCCUCAACCCUAGGCCUCCAGCAAUACCCAGUUAGGAGAUAGGGAAACAAGGCAGAGAAGCACAUUUUAAAAAGCAGACAAGAUGGCUAGGCCAUCACCAACCAACCAACCAACUAACUUACCUUCCAUCUCUGUGAGUAAUUCCUCCAAAUCUUGAUUUUUUUUUUCCUUGCCGUUCUCCUUUAAAAAACAAACAAAAAAAGAGAGCCCGUUUCAAAACCAAGGGCCCAAAGCACGCUCCCCUCCCACUUUCCUGAAGCCUCAAGUUUCCUCCCACCCAUGUGAGGUUUCUGGGGGCGCUCCCUCCAUUUUCAGCCCCAUAGUUUCUGCUUUAGGACAUUCAUGUCUACACCCCGCCCCCCUCUAUUACAGUUUUCAGAGGGCUCAGGGAUGGUGAGAGAUCCUGAAAGUCAGAGCUGUCUAUAUUAUAAAUAUAUAUAUUUUUUCUUUUAUGGAACGCUGGGAGGUCAGAGCAGGCAAGGUGUCAGGACUGAAGCUUUGCCCAUUCUGCUGUCUCCCAUCUCAGCUCCAGGACCAUCCCCCUCUCUCCACAGAAAGCAAUCGGGCGACACGAGGUUCUACACUUUUCUUUUCUUCUGUUGCUCUCUUGACUUAACGUGAAAACAGGGUAUAUUUUAACAAACUGUCUGUCCCAGGCAGGGGCUGCAGCUGGGCCUGUGCGCCUCGCUCAACCCCCUGUCAGGACACUUUUGUUGCACUUAGAGUUUACAUUUUAAUGGAUAUAAAAACAACUGUGAGAGAUGCUUGGGUCUGCAGGAGUCCGGCAUCGCUCAAAAAGUGUGUGUUCUAGUGAACAUUUUCAUAUAUAUUUAUUGGUUAUAGCCUGUUAAAAUAUUUUCUUUUUUGUAUUAUUUAUCCCCCCCCUACAUUAUGUAUUUAUAUGAGGGAAAAAAAUGACAAAUUGUACUUUUUUAGUAUUUACUUGUUAUAAAGGACGUUGUGUUUCCUGUCAUGUAAAACCAGCUAUUUUAGUUAUUAUUGUACUCUAGAAAAGAGCUGUAGAUUUAUGUUAAACGCGUACUUAUGAGCAAUUGUAAUUAGUUCUAAAAGGCAUGAACUCAGCUCCUAUUGUCAUUGUAUAGUCCUGAAUUCGUAGAGUUAGAGUUAAUUCCCUCUCGAAACUUUCUUUGUUCUUCCGUAGUUACUUUUUUCCUCACUUAAAAGGGUUGUCUGUCAAACAAUUCUUGAAUAAACUUUCUGUUAUCAAUUUUA